CUUUGCGGAAGAAUGCAGAUGUGAAGUGGACUGCGAUUAGGUCGUGCAACUCCCUUUCUACAGACAGGAAAAUAUUUGCCCAGGAAACUAUUCCAAAUAUUCGUGAAUUUGGGUAUUCCAAUGGUUUAGAUAAAAGAGGAGAGUUGGAGGGAGCGAUACUGUUGGGACCCUUGUGCGUGAUUAUCUACAACUUUGAGAAAUCGAUCAGGAUUGAAGCAGGGAGGAGCCUCGUCGAGGGAGGGCAGGGCAAAGUUGUGUACUGCAGUACGCCAGAAGACGAUUUUUGACCCCAAAUACCAGAUAUGAAUUGCAGUUAAUACUGGCCAGCGUCCCAUGAUGGAUUCUUUUGCUGCAGUUGGUAUCACAGAAAGGUUUUCCAGAUGAAAUUGCUCUAGCAUCACCAACAGGUCGUCAGUAGAAGGUUACUGAUUGGUUGUGAAGUACGAUACCCAUCUCAGCAAGGGCUCUUUUGCUCGGUAAGGUCAUCAUUCGAAAAGACAGAGGAGAGGAGUGCUCUGGAAGGAAACGGACGUCAACAGUCUCUGGCUGUGUGGGAUUGGUGACUGAUGUCUGUCAGGAACACCAUCAUUGGUGUGGAGGCCCUCAGCAACAGGCUGGGCGGCCUCACCAAGGAGCCAGUCAGUGAGAAGAAAAGCAGCUCUCCUGACCACAAGGCUGCCCAAAGCAAACGGGACUCCACCAUCGAAACUGUGGACCCAUCUGGUGUGCCACUGAUCCAGAGAUGUGUCAUUAUCCAACGGGAUGAGAAGGGAUAUGGGCUCACUGUUAGCGGAGACAACCCUGUCUUUGUACAAUCAGUAAAAGAAGAGGGAGCCGCACAGAGGGCAGGGGUACAGCAGGGAGACAGAAUCAUCAAGGUGAAUGGAACGCUGGUUACACAGUCUAACCACAUAGAGGUUGUGAAACUCAUCAAAUCUGGUCCUUAUGUGGCACUAACAUUACUGGGCAGACCACCAGGCUCCAACCAGACCCCCCUCCCACCCCCUCACGAGCAGAAGAAGAUCACAGCACCUGUGGCUGCAACGCCUGAGUCAGAAGAGGCAGCCAAGCUGGAGCGAGUCAACACCUUCCGCAAGAUGCUGGAACAAGAACAGGAAUAUUAUGAGAAAAUCAAAGAUGACUAUUCAAGGAAUCCAUCCACAAAACUGCAGAGGGAUUUCGCAGGUGCAUCGACCAGAGUGAGAACGUUGGAACAGAAGCUGUUUGAGCUGACAGGAAUCAGCCGGCACCACGGUGUUCCUGAAACCCCCAUGUUCCCUCCUGUAGCAGAUCCUGCAGAUGAGGGACAAGAUAGACUACCAGAUGUGCCUCAGCCCAACAAUGCCUACAGCCCACCACUGAGGAUAACAACCUAUCUCAAGGGGUCCACGGGUUCAGAGAGUUCAGAUUUUCAAGAUGAACCAAAGCCCCGUGGCCACACACACAUGCGCUCCCACUCAGAGGGUGCCUUCCAGCAGCUCCUGACUACCCCCUCCUCCCAGCAGAGACACUCUGACCCUGAUGCUGCUCCUCCAUCCAAGAAAACCAGGAGUAGUUCAUCAGUGGCUGCGUGGUGGCGGCACAGGGGCCACUCUCUGCCCCUCUCCACAGAUGCUCCAAGGAUGGGCUCACCUGUAGUUCCAGGUGAGAGUGUUAAAGAGGGUGGAGACAUCCCCCCAUACAUCAGCCCUGUACAGUCCAGGAGGAUGAUGGACAGCUCAGGAGAUGUGGACUCUGGUGAGGAGUGGAAGCAACAGUCUUCACCUGAUGUCUCGCAGGCAAUCCCUUGUCGUAGAUUGACUUUCAAAAACAACAAAAAUCGCUACAGUGUACAGAGUGAGGGGGGCUACUACACCCCCUCAGGGAGCCCUGUUGAGGAGGUUGAGGAACGCUCAGACUCGGACACCGAGCAGUACUACUCUCCUCGGGAAAGUCUGAACGGGGAGGACGUCGAGGUAGAUGGGGGAAGACUGAUACCCAUCUCUCCUGACGUUGCCCAAACUGCAGAGGAAGCAUCGUUUCCAAAACCUCCAGAACAAGGCACUAACCUGGCCAUGCCAUCCACUCAACUCAACAUCAUAUCCAUGGAGGACGAUGAGUUCCAGUCAGACAACGAAAAUGAGGUGUUUGUAGCCACCAGUAAAGAAGCUGGUCACUAUUCUCCCUAUCCCCCUUCCCAGAUGGAGGAUCAUGGGCCCUUCAAUGACCUGGAAUUGAUGAAAACAAAGCCUGCACACCAGGCUGUUUUCCUUCACUACCUGAUGUCCAACAGUGAUCCAUCCAGCCUGUUCUUCAUCACCGUGACAGACAGCUACAAGAAUGGCACCAUGAAGGAGAUGCGAAAGUGGGCGUAUGAAAUCCACUCCACAUUUCUUGUUGCAUCAGCGCCCCUUAGGAUACAUGUGGAUGAUGGGAUAGUGAGAGCAAUAGAUGAGGCCCUGAAGUACAAGUCCAAUGAUGAGGCCAGUCUUCGAGGUUUGUUCCAAGCAGCACAGAAUAUGGCCAGUUUGGUGGUCAAGGAACAGCUACAAGACUUCAGAAACAAGCGAGCGCUGGGGCUGGGUAGCCUGUUUGGUGACCAACACCUGCAUGACAUCCACCUGGACCAUGCCAAAGAGAUGAAGGUGGUGGAGCAAACCCUGCUGCCACAUCUGGACCAGUUCAUGGAGGAUGGAGACAUUGUUGCCAAUUACAUGGGUAGCAGUAUUAAUGCACACAGGUCCAAUUUGGAAACGAGAACGCCAGCCACUGCCAGGAAUUCGGCGAUGGCAUCCUGUAUCGUGACCUUCAUGAAGCAGGUGGGGGUGAAGAUCCAGACAUCGGGUAGCCAGGUCAGCCCGCUGGAUCGCUGCCCAAGCUUCACAGCAAAGGACAAGAGAUUCAAGUUUAGAGAGAAGAACAAAAAGAGCGUUGUGAGUGUGAAGGGCCACCACUUUGUGCCCAUGCACUAUACAGCACUGGCCUUCUGCAACCACUGUGGAGGGGUACUAUGGGGUAUCGGCAACCAGGGAUACCAGUGUCAAGAUUGUGAGUACAACAUCCAUAAGGGGUCCUGUAUUGAUGCAUGUGAGGACCACUGUGUUGGAGGUAACAUCAAAGGUGCCCAGUCCACAAGGAAGAAGGAAAAGAACAAGGACAAGAGGGAGACUCGUUACUUUCCCAAAGUUUUCCGGCCGUCAGAGAAGGAGAGGAAAUCGGUGACCAGUACAAUCUUGCCAGCCAGCCAAAUCUCCACCUACCCAGUGCAGCCGCUGAUGAAGGACGACGAAGAAGAGAUCACUAAGCUGAAGGAGGAGCGUAUAGUGACCACAGUGGUGGGAGGGUAUGAGAGAGACCUUCAGGGGGGUGGGGACCCCUCCUCUCCAGCCACCUCCCCCCAUCCCAACUCCAGGGGGAACUCUCCCCGCAGCCAGAGUCCUGACAUCACCCAGGAGCAGCCCCCUCCCGACCAACCAAGACGACGGGGCAGUCUGCCCCUCCUCUUCACUUCAGAACUCGUAGCCAAGCUAAGCAAGAGCAACAGAAAAACUUCCACAAUAGAGAGAUCUGAGAGCUUGAAAGGAAGAAUAAAUGGCCGGGACUCUAUCACCAAUGGUUCUGGCAAGCGGUCCAAGAGUGACGUGGAUGUGGAUGCUGUCAAGGUUGCCACGGAAACCACCACAUCAGGAUCCACAUCAACGUCCAGUCUGUCCAGCAGUAACUCGUCUGAGGCAGUGCACAGACCCCCGUCUCCCACAGAUGUGAGCAGGGACUCUGACUUUGAUGUGGACCUGGAGCAGGGUGCCAACUGGCAGGAGACUGUAGAUAGGAGCACCUUAAAAAGUCUCAGCAAAAAGGAGAUCAAGAGACAAGAAGUUAUUAAUGAACUGUUUCACACAGAGAAAGCACAUGUUAGGAACCUCAAGGUUUUAGAUUUGAUAUUCCACAGGCGGAUGCUGCAGGACAAUAUCCUGCCUUAUGAUGUAGUAAAGCAGGUCUUUCCCAACAUGCAGGAAAUCAUUGAAAUGCAUAGUACACUAAACCAGGCCAUGAAGACAAAGAAGAAAGCAGAUGGACACAUAGUAGGGCAGAUAGGAGACCUCCUGCUAGACAGAAAACUUGAAGAGUUUUCCAAGAAGUUAGACAAAUCUUCCCUGGAGAAGUCUUCACAUCCCUUGCUUGCUGAAUUCAAGGACCUAGACUUACCAUCCAAAACCCUUCUCCAUGAUGGAGCUCUAACCUGGAGACUAGGGAGAACCAGACUUAUAGAUCUCCACAUGCUGCUACUGGAGGACUGCCUGGUGCUGAUGCAGAAGGAGGAUGACAACCGGUAUGUACUGAAGUGUCAGAGCACCAUGUUAGUCAGUGGCAAGGAGGACACCAAAACUACGCACUCCCCCAUCAUCAAACUCAACAACCUGCUCACUAGAAAUGUUGCUACAGACAAUAAGGCGUUCUUCUUGGUCAGUACAUCCCAAAUAGGACCCCAGAUCUACGAACUGGUGGCUUCAACAGCCACAGAGAGAAAAACGUGGUUCAAGCACAUCACGGAAGCAGCGGAGGCGUACAAGGCUAAGGAGAAGGAGCGGGCACGGAGGGUCGGGAUCUCACUUCCCCCACCCCCCAGGAUGUCCACAACUCAUGAAGAUCCCAUAGCAGAAACAACAGCUGAGGAGAUCCCCACCAAUGAGAGAAACGGUAACCUGGAGACGGUGCGAGUUGAGGAGGACAGCGUGGCGGAAGCGCAGCAGGCAGAGGAGACGCAGGUGGACGGCGGGCAGGUCGUCCAACCGUCGGAGGUGCUGGUCUCACAGCAGGUGGUGUACGAGGAAACAGAGGUGGUCCUCACACCUUUAGAAAAACUGAGAAGGAAAGACGAGGCGAUCAGGAAGAGUUUGGAGGAGAAGCACAGACUGCUGGCGGAGCUGGCGGGAGUACCGGAGGAUCAGCUGACAUCAGAGAUCGAUGGUAGAAUGUCUCGUCAGGACAGCACCAGUCAGGAGCCAGAACCAAGGGACCUGGUCAUGGCCGCCAUCUUACAAGCCAACACAUUGACAACAUUGGUCAACCAAUGUCUGAAGGACCCCGAGAGAAGACAGCAGUCUUCCUCAGGGGUAGAAGGGGAGGCUAAGACCACUUCUCAGGAAGGGUCUCCAGCAGUAAGCCGACCCACCAGUGGUGCUAGUGACCUGACCAUAUCCUUGCCCUGUGACAAGUUGACAGCUGUCACCUCAAGACUCAGUGAUCAACUUACCCAGUUACUGGGCAUGUUGACUAGUCGUGAUGAUGAGCGGGGUAGAGUGUACACAGAGCUGCAGGAUGCUCAGGAGGAGCUGGCUCGCUACAGGGAGCAGAUCUACGCCUCCCCCUCCCCCAGUGAGACCAGCACUGCCCCCAGGGAGAGCAGACCCAGCAGUAUGGUGUCUGUCGCCUCCUCAACAACCGACCCAGGAGAGGAGUUCCUCCUUACUGUGGCUGAUGAAGAAAUAGCUGCCCCUGCAGUGCCACCACCCCCAGCCUUUGCAGAGCCCAUUGCAGAGGAGCAGGAGCCUGUGGAGACUCCUCCCCCAUCAGAAGAUGACAGCACGCUACUAGCUCUUACAGAGGAGGCCUUCCCCCCUCCCCCGGACCCAGAACCACCCUACAGCCCAGCUUUCACUGAAGAUGACAAUCAACCUAGUGCUAUUUUCUAACUAGUGCUGCCUUGAAGAAAAGCUUCUAAAUGCCCCUGUGUUGAGAACGGUUGUGCCUUCAAAAAAUAGUGAUGAUACCAUAGUAUGACAUUUAAGAAGAGGCCCUUGUGCCUUGUAGUAAGCUACAUUUUUACACUUGCAAGACAAAACAAGUCAAUGUCUAUUUUGAAUAUUUAAAGGUCCCUAAAGUUUGAUUCGAACCAACAACUGAUUUUAUAAGCCGAAGCACAAUCAUUGUAAAACACCAAUGGGGAUACCAGGUUGCUUGAUCUUUGGGAAGCUUGAUGUUUGUUCAAAACUUGUACCAUAGACUGUGAAAUAAUGUAUUUUUGAAAACUCUUAUGUACCCAAGGGUAUCUAUGUGUAUGUGUAUUCAAUCAACUUCGUCUAUGGUAGCAACUACCACUGGCAAUGUGUACUUUUACUAUUGUGGUCAAGUACAGUAAAGAAUCUCUUGUUAUAUAAGGUGUAAAAAUACUAUAGGAUGCCCUUUUUGGAUGGCACUUCCUUCACAAACUGUAAUUAUUUGAUAUUUGUAUCUUUAUCAUCAAUAGCAGUAGGUGCUUUCAUGUGGCCUAGAGUCAUAUCAUCAAAGCAGAAGACAAGCAGACAAGCAGACAAAUUUUGUAUACACCAAGUGAAGAGCAUUAUUGCAUAUUUACCUUCCUUCAGGAUUACAAAGUAGAAUGAGGGUGUCUAUGACAGAGAGCCUUCAAUCAGGUAGAAUUAAGUCCAGGCCUCAUUAUGAGCCUCCUGGGUCAUACAAUCAAGACGUUGUAUAUAAUGUACCAACAGCAUUUUAAAAGCCAGCAGCACAAAGUAUAACAUAUAUGUAAAAGGGCAGAAAACAUGACAAGCAGGAAGGUAUUGUAGCAAUGCAAGGGCCACUAGCAGUACAUAUAGUGAAGUUGCAAUUUCAAAUACAAUGAGAAAACAAAAGAUGUACAAACAGCAGUAUUAGAUGUCAUUGAUAAAUUCUGAUGUUUGCUUGUGAAAGAGAUUUAUACAUGUACAGUAUUGAAAAACAUGGAAGGUAACAUGUCUAUCGUCCUCUGGUGGCUGGGUACUAUCCUAUACUACCAAAGACAUGAAUGUAGAACAGUGAGUGCAUGUUUGACUAUGAUACCAUAAACAUCCUUUUUGAGCUUUGGUCAGCAUGGAGUUAGGAAAUGAUUAUAAUCCAUGGGCAGAUCUAUCUGUUUGGAAGAAGAAAAUUGUAGGAAUCACUCUUCAUUUCUGAGGGAUAGGUAAGGUCAGUGUUCAUAUUUUUAUAACAUCAUUAAGCCACCAAAUCUUCAAUUUCAGUGAUGUUGUCGUUCAUACUCAGUAUAGGGCCCAAACCUAAACUGAUCCAAAUUGACAUUUGAAAGGAGCUUUUCUCUCCAAACUGGCAAUUCUAAAUGGUCUGUUACACAUUGCAGAGAAGAUUAAGGGUAACGAAAAUUGUGCAGUCUGAUUCCUACAGCUUCUAGCUUGUCUCCCAACACUUCAUGUAAUCUUUCUGGUAUCAACUUUUGUAAGUGGAUGAUUGACAUCUGCAAGUUAUCAUCAAGGAUUUGACUUAGGUCCUGGUUAGGGGUCUCAGCACUUCGUAAAACCAACCCCUUACAGCAGAUUGAUAUAAGAUCACAAGCAAAUAGGAGGAAUGAGUGUGGUCAGUACAUGCAUGGGAAAAUUCGAUUUUAACUUUGUAUUCAGCUUGGAUCUGUGAGGGAUGGGUGGUCCUUUGAGUGAACCAUGCUUCUUAUCCGUGUCAUUCGGACAAAUAUGUAAGACAAGACAGUGCAGUUAACAUUUCUUAGAUGUAUGCUGAUGACAUGAUUAUCGAAGGGAUAUUGAUGUAUUGUUAAUGAUCCAUGUUUGCAGUCGGGCUGAGAAUUGUACAUCCCUUUAUUAAGUCGACACUCCUGCUACAAUCAUGAGAUGUUUUAAAAAUUUUGGUCAGCCCUGAAUGUAAUAUACUGUUAUGUUACCUUGUGUAGCCUUUAUGUUUAUAUGUCUGGCUGAA